AUGUGUGCGCGCGCCUACGCCUUGGACUGCCACCACCUGGCGGGUCGCCUCAUCGCCCACGCCGACCCCCUCUCGCCCACACCCGCCCUCGCUCCCUCCGCCCUCGCCUGCUCGCCCUGCGCCCUAGCGGGCUCGUCCUCACCGGGGGCACGGCGACUGGAGGCGACGCACAGGGCGACGGCACUGCUGUGGGAGCGCACGUUCGCCGUGCCCUUUGCCCGCGCAGGAGCCAUGCCACUGCUGUGGGAGGGCAUGACCCCUGCUCAUGCAAGCUCCCUGGCACCACCUAUGCGCAUGGGCGGGGCAGCUGUGGGCCACGAGCAGCAGGCAGAGGCAGUGGGGGCAGGUGAGCAGGAGGGCUCAUGGGCACACACCCAGUGCCGUUCAGACACCGCCUCAGGGGCAGAUGUGGAGAGGCAGCAGCGGCGCCAGCACGUGGAGCAGCAUUUGAGGAGUAGUGAGGAAGAAGAUGCGAAGAAGGAGAGUGUGGGAAGCGGGGGCACAGGCGAGCAGGGGGCAAAGGUGCGGGGCAUGGCAGUGGCGGGGCGUGUGUGUGCGGGUGAGGCGAAUGCAGGGCUGGGGCUGUGGCAGCGCAGCACAGUGGACGUGGAGGUCACCGUGUGGACCGUGAGGGGGCUGCUGCUGCCCGCCCCUGACUGCCUCUCCGUCUCCCUCUCCGCCCUUCAUGCCGCCCCUGCCUUCUCCGCCCGCACAGCCGCCCUGCCCUUCCAUCCGGCAGCCCCCCCACCGCGCUGGCGGCACCGCUUCUCACUGCAGGCGGAGGUGGCUUCAGAGGGGCUGCUGCUGAGUCUGCACGCCCACUCGCCGUCGCUGCUCUCUUCGCUGCUGCCCUGGCUGCUCCCCCCUGCACCCCAUGAGCUGGGGUCAGCGGUGCUCACGUGGCACCGCCUGCUGCAGCACCCCUCGCUGCUGCUCCACUGCCUGCUGCCCCUCGCCCCCCCAGGCUGCACCCCCGCUGUCUAUGCUGCUGCCACAGCCCCUCUCACUGCGGUCAGCACAGCUGCCGCAGGGAGCAGUGGCUUGGCGGCGAGGGCAGCAGAAGAAGGGGGCGUGGAGAGGGUGGGUGGGGGCAGAGGCAGGGCGGAGGGCAGUGUGCGGUGUGCGGCGGGGCAGGCAGGGUUGCAGGUGGGCGUGUCGCUGACCCCUGCCACAGCAGCGCCCUUCCUGCUGCGCGCCGUGCUUGUGUGCACAUCUGAUGACCGCGGUGCCAUGCUCUGCGCUGCCUUGGCUCAGCACCACCCUCAGGCGGGGCGGUGGGUGUCACGCACAGUGGUGGACCACAGGGGCGUGGAGGCGUUUGUCAUGCGCACCAGAGUGGCAGAGGGAGUGAGGGAGGACCACAAGCGCCCAAAGCCACUUCAGCCAACGGAGCGGACAAUCGUGCUGCAUCAGGGGGGGUGGAGCUACAUGCCCACGGACGCCACGCACUUGCCCCUCACCGCCCCCCUGCAUGAGCGCGUGGGGGUGUGCCGCGGGCCAGUGCUGGCGCAGGCUGUGCCUCGAGGCGCGGGAAGGGUGCAGUGGGGAGACAGUGUCCGGGAGAGGGAAGGUGCAGGGGAGGAGUUGGUGGCGCGCUAUGCGCUCAUGGGAUGCUUGCCUGGUGCUGCAAUGGCGGAGCUGGGAGUGCGGUGCAGAGUGGUGGAUGGGGCGCUGGUAAAGGGCUCACUGCAGCUGGAGCUGCAGGAGGAGGGCGGCCAUCAGGUGGCGCUACUGCCAGGCCGGCACCUGUCUUACACUGUGUGCGGGGCGGCAGCAUCAGAGGAGCAUGGCUUUGCCACGCUCGUGCGCUGCCCUGGGGGGGGCGGGGCAGCGCACGCCACAGCGUUGGUGAACUGGAGGGGGUGCGUGGUGGAGGUGGCACGAGAGGAGUCGGUGCCGCUGGCACUGCUGCUGUGUGUGGCCAUCGCUGAGGCAUUGCACGACAUGCUCGCUGCGCCGCGCUGCAUGUGCUUCAGGUCCGCGCCCCUGCCCGACCCCGACCCCGACACCCACUGGCAGGCCCUGUGCCUCACCCAUAGCUCUCAUGCCCCUUCCUCCGCUGCGGCUAGGCCCAGCAUCGGUGGCAGAAGCGAGGAGCGAGGGGAAGAGGAGUCAGGUGCAAGUGGCAGUGCAAGGUGCUCUGAGCCACAAUACCUUGAGGUGCGCGAGGAAGGAGUCUGUCUCGUGAGCAUGCACCAGCGCCACCACACAGCCGCCCCAGCCAGCACCUGUGAGGCGGGCUCCCAGGGCACCGUGCGCCUUGCAGCACGCCACCAGCUGCUCGAGCUCGGGGGAACUGUGGCACUCCCAGGAAGGGCGUGGGACGGACAGGGAGUGUUAACGUUGACGUUGGAGGGAAGCCAGCACGACGGCAUGCAGAGAGCAGGAGUGGAGGGAAGCCAGCACGACGGCAUGCAGAGAGCAGGAGUGGAGGGAAGCCAGCACGACGGCAUGCAGAGAGCAGGAGUGGAGGGAAGCCAGCACGACGGCAUGCAGAGAGCAGGAGUGGAGGGAAGCCAGCACGACGGCAUGCAGAGAGCAGGAGUGGAGGGAAGCCAGCACGACGGCAUGCAGAGAGCAGGAGUGGAGGGAAGCCAGCACGACGGCAUGCAGAGAGCAGGAGUGGAGGGAAGCCAGCACGACGGCAUGCAGAGAGCAGGAGUGGAGGGAAGCCAGCACGACGGCAUGCAGAGAGCAGGAGUGGAGGGAAGCCAGCACGACGGCAUGCAGAGAGCAGGAGUGGAGGGAAGCCAGCACGACGGCAUGCAGAGAGCAGGAGUGGAGGGAAGCCAGCACGACGGCAUGCAGAGGGCAGGAGUGGAGGGAAGCCAGCACGACGGCAUGCAGAGAGCAGGAGUGGAGGGAAGCCAGCACGACGGCAUGCAGAGAGCAGGAGUGGAGGGAAGCCAGCACGACGGCAUGCAGAGAGCAGGAGUGGAGGGAAGCCAGCACGACGGCAUGCAGAGAGCAGGAGUGGAGGGAAGCCAGCACGACGGCAUGCAGAGAGCAGGAGUGGAGGGAAGCCAGCACGACGGCAUGCAGAGAGCAGGAGUGGAGGGAAGCCAGCACGACGGCAUGCAGAGAGCAGGAGUGGAGGGAAGCCAGCACGACGGCAUGCAGAGAGCAGGAGUGGAGGGAAGCCAGCACGACGGCAUGCAGAGAGCAGGAGUGGAUACAGUCGCUGAAAGGGAUGAUGAUGCAGUGGAGGGGAGAUGA